CUCCCCUGCCCGGCUACCGCCUCCCCUGCCCGGCUUCCGCGUCACAGUCUUGAACGCCACCUGCCCCGGUAUAAAGGCGCCGCCGGCCUGGAUCCCGGGACUCGGCCCCAUGGAGACGCCGCCGGCCGUGGCUGGCGCUUGGCGGGGAGCUGUGACGGGUGCUUCCCACCAGUCUGAGCUGUGAGUGUCUGGUCCAGAGAGGCCCACGCAGGAAGCCAGUCCCGCCAUGAGUCUGUGGGAACUUGAAGACAGCCUCAGCUGCCAAGGUACCCCCAGGCCCGCCCAGGAGCCCACUGCUGAGGAGGCAUCAGCUGCAGAGCUGCAAAUGAAGGUGGAUUUCUUCCGGAAGCUGGGCUACUCAUCCACUGAGAUCCACAGCGUUCUGCAGAAGCUGGGGGUCCAGGCGGACACCAACACAGUGCUGGGCGAGCUCGUGAAACAUGGGUCAGCAGCCGAGCCGGAGUGCCAGGCCUCACCAGACCCUGGCCAUCAGCUCCCCCUGGUCCCCCGGGGCGGGGGCACCCCCAAGGCUCCCACCCUGGAGCCCCCAUCCCCAGAGGAGAACAAGGAGGGCAGUGACCUGAGGCCCGUGGUCAUCGAUGGGAGCAACGUGGCCAUGAGCCACGGGAACAAGGAGGUCUUCUCCUGCCGGGGCAUCCUACUGGCAGUGAACUGGUUUCUGGAGCGGGGCCACACAGACAUCACAGUAUUUGUACCAUCCUGGAGGAAGGAGCAACCUCGGCCCGAUGUACCCAUCACAGACCAGCACAUCCUGCGGGAACUGGAGAAGAAGAAGAUUCUGGUGUUCACACCAUCUCGGCGCGUGGGUGGCAGACGGGUGGUGUGCUAUGACGACCGCUUCAUCGUGAAGCUGGCCUUCGACUCGGAUGGGGUUGUGGUCUCCAAUGACACAUACCGGGACCUCCAGGGCGAGCGGCAAGAGUGGAAGCGCUUCAUUGAGGAGCGGCUGCUCAUGUACUCCUUCGUCAAUGACAAGUUCAUGCCCCCCGAUGACCCCCUGGGCCGCCACGGGCCGAGCCUGGACAACUUCCUGCGAAAGAAACCGGUCUCAGCCGAGCACAGGCGGCAGCCCUGCCCCUAUGGGCGGAAGUGCACCUAUGGGAUCAAGUGCCGGUUCUUCCACCCGGAGCGGCCGAGCCGCCCCCAGCGCUCGGUGGCUGAUGAGCUCCGUGCCAACGCCCUGCAGUCACCCCCUAAGCCCCCAAGCAAGGACAAAAGUGGCGGACGGCCUGCACCGGUGUCUCAGCCCGGCUCUCUGCCAGCAGAGCAUGAGCAGUGCAGCCUGGAAGGGAAGAAGUUGGGCGCACAGGCAUCCUCUGGGCCCCGCCGGGAGGGUCUGACACAGACCUUUGCUCCUGCGGGCAGGAGCCUCCCUCCCAGCGGGGGCACUGGUGGUAGCUUUGGGCCCAUAGACUGGUUCCCGCAGACCAUGGAUUCCCUCCCGUGCACCUCCCAGGAAUGCCUGGACUCGGGCAUCGGCUCCCUGGAGAGCCAGCUGUCAGAACUGUGGGGAGUUCGAGGAGGCAGCCCUGGGGAGCUGGGCCCACCUCAGGGCCCUUAUGCUGGCUACAACCCCUAUGGGGCUGAGCUCCCAGCCUCUCCAGCCUUCUCUGCCUUUGGACGGGCCUUGGGUGGUGGCCACUUCAGUGUCCCUGCUGACUACCCACCCCCACCAGCCACCUUUGCACCUCGAGAGUACUGGUCUGAGCCUUACCAGCUGCCCCCACCCACUCCAGUCCUGCAGGAGCCCCAGGUGUCGGGCUCAGGGGCUGACAGGGGCCCAUGGGGCGGGGCAGGCAGCCUGGCCAAGAAGCGAGCCAGUGUGUACACCAAGCUGUGCGGUGUCUUCCCCCCACACCUGGUGGAGGCUGUGAUGGGGCGCUUCCCACAGCUACUGGACCCCCAGCAGCUGGCUGCUGAGAUCCUCUCCUACAAAUCGCAGCACCUCAGUGAGUAAGCCAGCUUGGGGCCCACACAGGCAGCAGCCUCCAGGGGCUGUCGAGCUGCCCGUUCCCACCCUGGAGGCUGGAGAGAGGGAGGAUUAAAGUAGGGAAGGGAACCCACAAACCAAAGAUACUGUAGGAUUGGUUCUGUCCCACCCGGCAUGUCAAGCUGUCUGCCCGAGUGAGUCAGAAGCGAUCACCCUGUUGAUGCACAUUGUAUCUCUGUAGUUUAAGGAGACACUGCCGGUAACGGCCAUCAGUCUGUGGUUGAAGCCUAAACCCUUCUUCCUCUCAGAAGGCAGGGAGGGAGACAGGGGGGAGCUGAGGCCUGGGCUGGGGGCCCUGCGCACGGCCCCCCACCUCCUCCCCGUCCCUGGGACGCCGGCCUUGGCCGGCUAGUUGGGCACUGUGUGCCCGCCCUCCAAGGGCCCCUCCUCUAAGCCAAUGAGGCCUCGUCCAUGCUCUCUCUCAGCACGAGGCUUCAUGUUAGUAAGCAAGAUGCUUCUUAAUAACCCUCCUUCUGUCCCACUGUUUGCCUGUCCCAUUACCCAUGCCGUGGGGGUUGUGGGUCCUCUGCCCCCACCCUCCCUUUUCCCCCUUCCUCUGUACUCGGGGUCAUCCUGCCCACCCCAAGGAUGGGCAACCCAGGACACAGGUAUGUGUGUACCCCUGUGAUGUUGACUGUUUUAAGUGGAAAGUCCUUGCCUCCCUUAAUACAUCAAUAAAGUACAUUGUGAGCCCCUUCAA